AUUUAUGAGUUUCAAGGUACACAAAAAAUCGAGCUGUCAAAAAUUGAAAAUCUCUUUUUGACAAUGAUCAGCUGUUUUUUUUGCUUGUUGCCGGCUAUUAAAGAACGUGUUUGCUUUAUGUAAAAAUUUUAUUGAGUAAUGUUAAAGUUAAAAAAUCUGAUAUAUUUGCAAAAACGCUGCCGCAGCAACAAAUUGCGCUGGUCUCAGGUCAUACGUAAGAAAACAAAUAUUGAUCGCGCAUUAGAAAAUUUUGAUGAUUUCUAUGGUACUGUAUUUGGUGUUCGUUGGAAGAAUAUACGCGCAGCACUACUGACUGAACAUAAAUAUGUUGCAUUGGUUAACAAUUUCGGUGAUACGGAAAAGACAUGCAGCCUAUUAGAAAUGGAUGGUGCAAUUAAUGUAAAGUUGUUAACGCAAUUAGCCAAAGAUCGUAUAGAGCAAAGUCAACAAUUAGAUCAAACUGUUACACGUACUUUGGGUGACAAAUUAUCGCAAAUUGUAAAGGAGAAGGAAGAAAGUGAACGUGCCGCUUUGUAUCCUCAAAAUGCAAAGGAAGUGUCUGAACGCUUGCAGAGCUCAGGCACUGCACAUGAUAAUGUCACUGUACCUGAUUAUAUCGUAGACGCCAAAAAAGGUCUUGAGCAAGCAAUCGAAGAGGAUGCAUAUAUUGAUAGCAAACGCAUGGUUGAUCCACAAUUUGGUACUGGUGGUCUUUAUGAUUAUGUUCCUGCUAAUAAAAUAAAGGGCAUGGAGGAUUGGGUUCCAGAGUCUGAAUAUUAUAAAUUCUAUCCAACAUCUACAGAUUUCCCUUUGCAAAUUGAAGAAGAAACUCAAUUUCUUUUCCCAGAAAAUCUAUGCUUGUAUACAUAUGAAAUGGGGAAUUGUGAAGAAUUCAAACCUCCAAAAAAAUGUCUAACUGGUGUUUUAUCUCAUUUCUUAAUGGAUGGUGCAUCAAUUUUGCCUCCACUUUUCCUAGAUGUUAAACAUGGAGAACGUGUUUUAGAUGCUUGUGCGGCACCCGGUGGCAAAUCGCUUCUCUUACUACAAACGCUUCAUCCUGGUCAACUAAUUUGUAAUGAUAUACAAGAAUCCCGUCUGACUCGUAUCCGAAGUGUAAUGAAAGACUAUUUAUUCGAUUAUCGUGAAAGAUGGGAAGGAAAGCGUUUAGUAUUGACUCAAUCUGAUGCACGCAGUUUAAGCGAAUAUGACAGUUAUGAUAAAAUUCUAGUUGACGUACCCUGCUCAACCGAUCGCCACUCAUUGAUUGAAAAUGACAAUAAUAUUUUUAAACCAACACGUAUCAAGGAACGCCUGCGUAUACCAGAGCUGCAGGCUGGAAUAUUAACAAAUUGUUUAAGACUUUUGAAACCAGGCGGUACACUGGUCUAUUCAACUUGCUCUUUAUCACCAGUUCAAAAUGAUGGCGUUGUACAUAUGGCUUUACAACGCGUAUUUCAUGAUUACGGCAUCACAGCAACAGUUAAGGACUUAAGCCCACUUAUUCAACUCUUCACUGAUAUUUUUAAAUUUGAAAAUCCGAAGGGUUUAAAGUAUGGACAAAUGGUAUUGCCCUAUCUACCAGCUAAUUUUGGUCCUAUGUAUUUUAGUAAAAUUACACGCAAUUAAUGAAAUUACUAUAUCAAGGAGCCUUUAAAAUUGUUAGUCAAGUAUUUGUAAAUUUUUAAAUUUAUGUUUUAAGUGAACAUUUUACAAUUAUUAAGUUUAAGAACGUGAAUGAGAGUGAUUAAAGCAAAGUGAAAUUUUAUUACAAGUUU